UCAACUGAGCGCAAUCAGAGGGUGGAGGAGAGCCAGGUUCCCUGCGAACCCAGGCCGCCCGGCUGCGGCAGGAAGCCCGGCGCCGCGGCUCUGCUUCCCUCGGGGGUCCGGGGACAUGGCCAGAAGGGCUCUCAGGCUUGCUUCAUGGACCAGCAUGGCUCUUGCCGCCUCGGGCUUCUACCUCUACAGCAACAAGUACUUGGACCCAAAUGACUUUGGUGCUGUCAGGGUGGGCAGAGCAGUCGCUACGACAGCUGUCAUCAGUUAUGACUAUCUCACCUCCCUGAGGAGUGUCCCCUAUGGCUCAGAGGAGUACUUGCAGCUUCGAUCCAAGGUGCACCUCCGUUCUGCCAGGCGUCUCUGUGAGCUCUGCUGUGCCAACCGGGGCACCUUCAUCAAGGUGGGCCAGCACCUGGGGGCCCUGGACUACCUGCUGCCCGAGGAGUACACCAGCACGCUGAAGGUGCUUCACAGCCAGGCCCCGCAGAGCAGCAUGCAGGACGUCCGCCAGGUCAUCCGCGAGGACCUGGGCAAAGAGAUCCAUGAUUUGUUUGUGAGCUUCGACGACACCCCCCUGGGGGCUGCCUCCCUGGCCCAGGUCCACAAGGCAGUGCUGCGUGAUGGGCGGACGGUGGCCGUGAAGGUGCAGCACCCAAAGGUGCAGGCUCAGAGCUCGAAGGACAUUCUCCUGAUGGAGGUGCUCGUCCUGGCCGUGAAGCAGCUGUUUCCAGAGUUUGAGUUCAUGUGGCUGGUGGAUGAAGCCAAGAAGAACCUGCCUUUGGAGCUGGAUUUCCUCAAUGAAGGGAGGAACGCCGAGAAAGUGGCCCAGAUGCUCAAGCACUUUGACUUCUUAAAGGUCCCUCGAAUCUACUGGGAUCUGUCCACCAAGCGGGUCCUUCUGAUGGAGUUUGUGGAUGGUGGGCAAGUCAAUGACAGAGACUACAUGGAGAGGAACAAGAUCGAUGUCAAUGAGAUCUCGCGCAACCUGGGCAAGAUGUACAGCGAGAUGAUCUUUGUCAAUGGCUUUGUGCACUGCGACCCCCACCCGGGCAACGUGCUGGUGCGGAAGCGCCCGGGCACGGGAGAGGCAGAGAUUAUCCUGUUGGACCACGGGCUCUACCAGGUGCUCACGGAAGAGUUCCGCCUGGACUACUGCCACCUCUGGCAGUCGCUGAUCUGGACGGACAUGAAGAGGGUGAAGAAAUACAGCCAGCGCCUGGGAGCCGGCGAUCUCUACCCCUUGUUCGCCUGCAUGCUGACCGCCCGGUCGUGGGACGCCGUCAACAGGGGCAUCGGCCAAGCUCCAGUGACUGCCACUGAGGACUCAGAGAUCCGCAACAAUGCGGCCAACUACCUGCCCCAGAUCAGCCAGCUCCUCAGUCACGUGCCACGCCAGAUGCUGCUCAUCUUCAAGACCAACGACCUGCUGCGCGGCAUUGAGGCCGCUCUGGGCACCCGUGCCAGCGCCAGCUCCUUCCUCAACAUGUCACGUUGCUGCAUCAGAGCGCUGGCCGCGCACAAGAAGAGGAAUACCUGUUCGUUCUUCAGAAGGACCCAGAUCUCUUUCAGCGAGACCCUCAGCUUAUGGCAGAUCAACCUUCAUGAACUCGUUCUGCGUGUGAAGGGGCUCAGGCUGGCCAGCUGGGUCUUGGCCCUGCUUUGCUGGCUGUUGCCUGCUCCACACUGAGUGGACUUACUGCCCUCUUCCCCUUUACAGUGUGACCCUAUGGUGGGCAAGAGGUCUUCCUCACUCCUCUCUUUCGUCAUGUCUCAGUUGCGCCGUUUCUGCCACAUGGUGGCCUGGAGCCCCACGGUCACUGUCCGUGGCCCCGUAUAUUCCACCUCUGGAAUUCCUCUCCCCCACUGUAGCCCUUGUCUCUGGGCCCACAUGCUGUACCAUGCAAUAGGUUUCUCUGCUUAUCCAGGGAGAAGGAACCUCUGUCUACUCUCCCACUCCUGGUAUGUGCCAUUGGGUUGGAUGCCCCCCACUUCCGUUAACCGUUCCUAUUGUCAGGAGGGACCAUGAUUCCCACUGAGAGCAUAUUUAACUUGUAGGAAGUUUGACUUUGUUGGAGGGGUGCAUGGUCUCUGAGCUCGCUAGAGAACAGGUUCCCUCUCCUUGCCCUUCACUCCCCGUAGGGAUCACCCCUUCGCAAGGUGCUUGGCACUUGAGGCAGGCUCUGUUGAGUUGUGGUGACCCCUUUGGUGUUUUGUGUGCUGAGUUUCAAUAAAACCCCUUCAGGUUGCAGGGCAGGGCUUGGUCAGUGGGAUUUUUAUUCUAGGUUGUGAGUGAAUCCUCUGUGGCCAUUAGGUAAGAGUUGACCUGGACGCCACAUGCCAUUGUGGUCUGCUUGGCUUCUUGCCCCUGUAUCCUUCAGCCUUCCACUGUGGGGCCACUUCCUGCUCCUUGUAGGUUCUGUCCCUUUCCGGGACUGAGCACUUGGUCGGAAGAGUUGAGGAGACCGAGGCCAGGAACUCAGAGGCUCAGCUGAAACCAUGGACUUUGGUUCCCGUGGGUUCUCACCUCAUUCUCUGUGACCUGGGCACCCGUCUUGUUCUACUAAUUGCUUCCUGACUUGACCCUUUGGUUCGUCAUUCAAAGCCCCCAGUCCUGAAGACUACAGUGUAAACCCGUCACUGUGACUCAGUCACUCUGAAACCUGCUUGUCCCCUGCCUGGACUCUGUUCUCCCACCUUAUUGCCUGCGGCCAGCCUGCCCCUUGCCCAGCUCAAUCAUCUGCUUCUGUUCCUGGGAGCCCCAGACUCCUGCUCUAACUCCUGAUCUGUGGUCUCAGGUCCCCAAGACCUCAGAUUUGGCUGGUCCUCGCUCCCACUGAGCACCCAUGCUCACAGACAGUAAUUGUAUUUGAGUCUCUCUGACCUUACUUCACCCCAUUCGUGGGACACAAAAACCUCGAAUUUGAGUCUCAUUUUCUGUUCUCUUUAUUCAUGAUACAACAAGCAGAUUUUCCGCUGACCAGAGAUGAUUGCAAUCCCUUUAUUUCCUGAAAGAAUUAAUUGUUCUUAGUGACCAGUUGGAUGCACCCAGGGACCUGAGAGAAUAAUUUGCAAGAUCUGUUGUUAAUCACGGGGAUGCAUGCUGCAUAUUAUAUUUUAUGGUGUCUUUUAUAGGCACUGAAGUAAAUAUAAAUGUCCUUUUUGUUCAAGGUAAUUGUUACUUGCUUUUCGCUUUUGGUUUAAUGGUUGGCUUCCUGCUGGCCUGGGAUCUAAAACAUCAGCAUGUUGCCAGUGGGCCCAGCACCCAGAACAGAUAUCCAGGGAGAACAGAGAGGCUGGGAGAGUUUGGUACAGGGCAGUUUGAAAAUAGGAAGAGAGUAGGCUGAUGAUUAUUGAGUGCCUUCCACGUGGAAGAGAACACACUACGCUCUUUGUAAGUAAGGUAUAUCAUUGAAUUGUCCCAUUAGCUCUAUGAGGGGGAGGGUCAUUAGCCUUACCUUACAGAGAUGGGACCCAAGGCUCAGAGGGGUUUAGCAAUUUGCCUGAAGUCACACAGCUGCUAAGUAGUGGUCCACGCUUUGUUUUUUAUUCCAUAGUGCUGUAGAUAUAGAUUAUACUUGCUCUUUGGGCUGUCAUAUGUGCCUUAAUUUGGGUCCCAAACAUCCUGAUUUCAGAGGAAAUUGGAUUUUCACUGGAGGUGGAGGAGUGGAUGGGUAAAGGAGACAAAAAGUCCUGGAAAAUUCAGACAGUCCAGCAUUUUCUCCGGGGCCCAAGACAGGAUGGACCUGGACCACUAUGAUCUGUAAUGCAGUUCUGACACUGACCACCCAGAGUUAGUGCAGACUCCACAGGCUUAAGGGCAUCGUUCCCCGUAAGACUGCCCUCACUUCAGACACAAGCUGCAGGUUUGGGGGUCCCAAGAACACUUGCAAUUCUGAGAAACUGACUACAAAUUCAGAGGUUCCCCUAACCCCUUCAGGUUCAAUAAUUUGUGAGAAUGACUCACAGAACCCAGGAAAUCACUAUAUUUGUGAUUACAGUUUUAUUAUAAAGGAUACAAAUAAGGACCAGCCAAAUGAAGAGACACAUAAGGUGAGGUCCAGGAGGGUCUUGGAUGCAGAGCUUCCAUGUCCUCUCCCACAGAAUCAGGACACAGCACCCUCUCGGCGUAUCAGUGUGUUCACUGAGCUUCAGUGUUCAGAGUUUUUAUCAGGGUUUCAUGACAGAGACACUGUUGAGUGAACCAUUGACCACAUGCUUGAACUCAAUCUCCAGCCCCUCGCCUCUCCCCAGAGAGAUGGGGCUGCUAUCACCUCCAUCCUGAGUCACCUAGUGUAAACUCAGGUGUGAUCCAAGGGGCAUACCAUAGAUAUCAGAGAUGCUCCUAUCACUGAGAAAGUCCAAAGAAUUAGAGGUUCUUUCCCAGGAACCAGGCACCAAGACAAAUUAUUAUGUAACAGUCACUCUUGUGUCUUCUCAUCCUGUGCACUCGGCCUGAUCUGCAUCUUUAUCCACUGACCCCUGGCCUGUGCCUUCUGCUCAGCCUGGGUGGAGCUAUCUCUGGAGCCUAGAGCCAUAGCAGGAGGUUCUCUCCUGGUGUCUAUUCUGUGCUUCAGAGAUAGCUCGCAUGAGCUUCCAUGUGGGACCUUCGCCCUGCUCCCUUCUUUGUCCUGGGGAACUUGCCGUGAACUCAUUUGGGUGUGGUGCUUCCCAAUAAAAUCCUGCAACUUUUGCUCCUGCAGUGACAAUGUGUCAGGAAGGCACCACCAGCUUACUUUGAAGAGUGUUUUCUCUUUUAACACAGGAUACUUAGUCAUUUCAGGGGUUGGCUUCUUUGAUUUGGGGAACGUGGCUAUUUUUCCUCCCUUCAUCUUCCUCUUCUCAGGUGGAGGAGAGAGGAAUUCUAACUCUACAUUCCAUUUGGUCGGGAGACUCUCAGAUAUAUGCCCAGCUCAUGGUAGGAGCAAAUGUCCUGGCUUAUAGUCAAAACUCAAUAAACAAGCAAAUAUUUAGAA